CUUACUUCCUUUUCAUCGAUAACAGCGAACCCUUAUAAAACACGGGAUUCCCCUUGGCCUGCACCCCCGACCUAGCGCUAUUGUUCAUAUUUCUGUCUCUGUAAGGGAAUUGUCUUCUUAGUUCUCAAAGGCAAAGAUGAUGACUUUAGAGGAGGCUCCAGAACGAGACCUGUUUGAGGAAUUAGAAGAAAAUGCUCUCACAUGUGCCGUUUGUCUCGGGGUCUAUGAAGAUCCACGUGCCCUUGACUGCCAUCAUGUUUUUUGUAGGUCCUGUCUAGAGCAUCUUCCACUCGUGAACCAGGAUGGCGUAAACAACCUUGGCUGCCCAACAUGUAGACACUUAGUUCCGCUGCCUCCUAAUGGCGUAGCUGGGUUCCGUGUUUCUUUCCAGACCAAUAAUCUCAAGGCUUUCGUCGAAGCCAAUAGAGACAGAGCUGUGCCUGUGGCUGUACCAAGGAAGCAGACCUGUGGUAGCUGUACCUCGGAGAAUGUAUCUGGAUUCUGUACGGAAUGCAGAAGCACUUUUUGUGAUGGUUGCACGGAUUUGCACCUCCCCACCUGUACUAAGGAAGCUACAGCGCUCAACGGUGCAUCGGGCACUGACAAGACCAAUGGCCAUCACCAAGCUCCAAUGCCACUUGAUCCAGCACCACUCAUGCAAUCGGAUGACUGGAAUGUAAACACCAAUACUUGUGUCAUCCAUAGGCAAAUCGCCGAUAUGUUUUGUGAGAACUGCGAGGAGACAAUAUGCUCAAGGUGUGUCAAGAGAUUCCCACAUACAGAGCAUGAGUCCUCAUGUAUUCCGCUAGCAGAAGCACUGGUUAGAUACCGUGAGCUCCUGGAGGACAGGCUGAAUCCGAUUAAUAAAGAGAUUGAUUUCAUAUCGACUCAACUGAAGCCGUUUUCGCACCGAGAGAGUGAGAUAAAUGAGCAAGGUGACACUGUUAAAGCUCAGAUACACUCUAGGGCAGAAUAUCUCAUUGCCCUCAUAAUUGAAUCAGAAGAAGAGCUAUCAGUGAAAGUUGACAAAGUCAUCAAGAGCAAACUUCAUUCUUUAGACGAGAGACGGGAAUCGAUUGAAGUGACUCAGGAAGAGUUAAAAAAUCUCAAAGAUAGAAUCGAGUUGUGCCUGAAGACCGGGAAUCAAGAAGACCUUCUCAAGACAAAGCAAUGGAUACCGAAAAUAAAUCACGUCAUGUUUAACAUUGAUGCCACUAAACUCAAACCAAGCGAAGUUGCUGAUCUGAGCUUUGUCCCUGAUGAAGUAUCAGAUAGUCUCACUCGUCUUGGAAACCUUUCGUCAACUUUCGAGGGUAAGGACCCAAGCUGUGACGUCCAGAUCCUUGAACAGCACCUUUUCAUUGACAAGAGUCCAGACGUUACAUUAGUCCUAUCAGUGAAGUAUACUAAUCUUCCCUUUGUCAUCAUUCCUCUAUCUUCAAUGAAAUGCAUCAUUAAAUCUUCCAAUAGAUCUUUUAUCAAGGCAAUUAUCUCUUUGGGAGACGCCGCCCACCAGUACGUCGUCAAGUUUCGUCCUACAAGUAAUGGCCUGUAUAAGUUAUCUCUGAAGAUUGACGACAUUGAGACGGAGGAUCAAGCGGUUCUCAUUCCCUUUAAUCCUAUGUAUCUUCCUAACAUCACACCCACUACCGUGAUGAAGUACAUACGUAAGCCAAUUGGUCUUGCUGUGGCUCAAGACAAGCGUAUCAUUGUUUUGAAUGAUUUCAACGAAGUAGUGAUACUGGAUAUGCAUGGGAGGAAUAUUAGGACACUCAGUCGGCCGAAUAAUGGGUCUCGUUUCACGUCCACCAGACAUGCAGCUGUUACCUCUGAUGGUUGCUUCCUAAUGACAGAUCAGUAUAGCAUACUGAAGGUAACAAUGGAUGGGCAGCUACUGAAAACAAUAGGCAGCAAGGGAAAUGGUAGGUUACAGUUUAACACCCCUUUUGGUAUUACCAUUGACGAAAAGACUGGUAAAGUCUACGUUGCCGAUCUUUUGAAUCAUCGGAUUCAAGUCCUCAAUCGGGACUACUCAUUUUCUCAUUCCUUUGGCUCAAGAGGAAAAGCACUGGGCCAGUUUGAGCAGCCUAAUGGCACUGCCCUUGAUUCUCAAGGUAAUGUAUUUGUGAGUGAUACAUUCAAUCACAGAAUACAAAAGUUCUCACAAUCUGGAGAAUACAUAUCCUAUUUUGGGUCAGAGGGACCUAAUCCAGGCCAAUUGAAGCUCCCAGAGAAGAUAGUCAUCAACAAUGAUUACAUUUAUGUCACUGAGCAUCUUAAUGCCCGCGUCUCUGUCUUCACGACUGAAGGUAAUUUCGUUCGAUGUUUCGGGAAGCAAAGCAUUGAGGGAGGACUGGUUUGGCCCCGUGGACUCACUUUUGACGAAGAUGGCAGUCUCUAUGUGUGUGAUUUUAGAUCACACUGCAUCUUCAAGUACUAAGAAUACGCUUGCAACUGUGCAUUUACCUUUUCUUUUGUUUAAACUUUUGAUUAGUCUAUCUAUGGUCUAUUAAUGAGACUUUAAUGAUCUUUAUUAUUACUGAUUAGUCUUGUGUAAUUUAAUUUGCUGUUAUUAUUGAUAAAAAUUUUAAUAGUUAAUUCA